AUAUAUAAGCUAAUUUUAAUUCUUUAUAUUGUCAGCCCUGGCAACUGUCAAAAGUGUCAGGUGUCAAACAAACAAAUACCAGGACAAUAACAAUACGAAUAUAAUUUUUAUAUGAACAACUAUUCAAUUGUUUUUAAGUAUUAUUAACGUAUGUAAACAAAAGAUUUCUAUAAGUUUUUAUAAUUCAGUUUAUUGUAUCCGUUUAAAUUUAUAUAUAUUAAUUCAUUUUGAAAAUGCAAAAUUUUUGAGGUUCUUGAAAAUUGAAAUAUUCUUUAUUUAAAAAUGAAUUCAAUCGGAGAAAAUAAGAAAGUAACCCGAGCACGAGUGUCUUUGAAAGAAAAAUGGGAAGCUGUAAAAAGAAUGGAGAAAGGUGAUAAUUCUUUGGCAAUUGCAAAAGAACUUGGUGUUAGUCAAAGAGUAAUUUAUCAAUGGAUGAGUGUCAAAGAGAAAAUAAAAAAAUGGUACAAAACAAAUCCAGAGCAUGCAAUUGGUUUAAAUAGAAAAAAUCUCAUCCAAGUUCAUAGUCAACAAUUGGAUCAAGUUGUUUAUCUUUGGUAUGUGAAAUGUGUAAAACAAGGAAUUUCCGUAACAGGUCCAAUGAUUCGUCACAAAGCAAUGGAAUUAAAUGAACAAUUAAGAGCAGGUUGGCCAUUUCAAGCAAGCGAUGGUUGGCUACAUAAAUGGAAAAAACGUCAUGGAAUUAUUAUAAAUCCAGAACAACGUUUUGCCGAUGAUGAGCCACAUCAAUUAUUUGAUGAUAAAUUUAAGACAUUUAUUGAACAAGAAAAUUUAGUUGCCGAUCAGGUAUUUAUUUGUUGUGAGGCUUUUCUUUGUCAUAAAUUAUUACCGCCAAAAACAUUGAAUUUGGAAACAUAUUCUAAUAAUGAUCGUUUAUCAAUUGUAAUUUGUUGUAAUGCAACAGGAAUGUUAAAAUUACCGCUACUUGUUAUUGGAAAAAAAGAUGUGAAAUUUGAUGAAAAAGAUUAUUCAACACCAAAAAUGGAUUUUAUUACGUAUAAAUGUCAAAAAUACGCGUGGUUUGAUAAUGAAAUUUUUCGAGAUUGGUUUUUAGAUGAAUUUAUACCGAGGGUUGGCAAUUUUUUGGAGGAAAAAUUAUUACCACAGAAAGCUAUUUUAUUUGUUGACGAUCACAGUGUUUUACUUGAUGAGAAUAUUUUUCAAAUUGGUGAUAUGAGAACAAUGUAUUUACCGCCAAAAGUGACACGUUUAAUUUGUAUGGACGAGGGUGUUCUUGAAAAUAUUAAACGACGUUAUCGUUAUAAAUUUCUUACUAGUCUUUAUUUUGCCAUUGAAAAUGGAACAAAUGUUUCUAAUUAUGUCAAUAAUAUAACAAUUAAUGAAAUUCUUCAAUGGCUCGCAACAUCUUGGAAUGAAAUAACAUCGAUAACUAUUAAUAGUUUAUGGAAACAUAUAUGGACUGAAAUGAAUGACAAUAAUAGUUUAACGAUAUGCUCUUAA